AUGGCGACCAACGGCGACAACACGAUCCCUGAGAUCAACACCAACAUCGUCACCCUCACCCGCUUCCUGACGGAGGAGCAGACCAAGCACAAGGAGGCCACUGGCGACUUUACGUUGCUGUGCCACGCGCUGCAGUUCUCGUUCAAGUCCAUUGCGUAUUACAUCCGUCGGGCCACGCUGAUCAACCUGACCGGUCUGGCCGGCUCGUCCAACACGACGGGCGACGAGCAGAAGAAGCUGGACGUGAUCUCCAACGACCUGUUUGUCGAGGUGAUGCGGUCGUCGGGCCGCUGCGCCCUGCUGGUCUCGGAAGAGGAAGAGAACAUCAUCUUCUUCAAGGGCGCGGCAGCCGGCACGAGCGGCACGCACGCCCGCUACGCCGUCGCCUGCGACCCCAUUGACGGCAGCUCCAACCUGGACGCGGGUGUGUCAGUGGGCACCAUCUUUGCCAUCCACAAGCUGGCCGACGGCUCGACCGGCACGGCGGCCGACAUCCUCAAGCCCGGCACAGAGUUGGUGGCGGCCGGCUUCACCAUGUACGGCGCGUCUGCACAGCUGGUCAUCACGAUGAAGGGCGGCAGCGUCAACGGCUUCACGCUCGACAACGGCCUCGGCGAGUUCAUCCUGACUCACCCCAACAUGCGGCUGCCGGCCAAGCGGACGAUCUACUCGGUCAACGAGGGCAACUCGCUCUACUGGGACGACAGCGUCAAGGCCUACUUCAACUCGCUCAAGGAGGCCCAGCCCGACACCGGUAAGCCGUACAGCUCGCGCUACAUCGGCAGCAUGGUUGCCGACGCCUAUCGCACCCUGCUGUACGGCGGCAUCUUCGCCUACCCGUCCGACUCCAAGAGCCCCAAGGGCAAGCUGCGCAUCCUGUACGAGUGCGCCCCCAUGGCCAUGGUGUUUGAGAACGCCGGCGGCCAGGCCAUCAACGGCAAGAUGGAGCGCAUGCUCGAGAUCGUCCCCGAGCACAUCCACGACCGGUCCGGCAUCUUCAUGGGCAGCUACGACGAGGUCGAGAAGGUCAAGGCCUUCCACAAGUAG